AUGGGUAAUAUACCAGAUUUUUGUCGAAAUCGUUCUUUGCUAGCUAAUGAAACAUCUUACGCAAAUAUAUCGGAAUGUUGGACUGAAGUAUGGAUACAAGAUACAUUACGAAUAUGUUUACCAUUAAUUAUUCUACCUGUGUCACUUAUAUGUAAUUGCCUGUCAUUUAUUGCAUUACGAAGUCGUCAUAUGCGCGGAACAUCAACAGCAUUUUUCAUGUUGGCUCUCAGUGUUCUUGAUCCUCUUGUAUUAUUAACAAAAAAUCUCGUCUAUUUUCCAACAUUUAUUGUAGCACAUGCCGCAUCGUGCAAAAUACUUUAUUUUCUUAUAUAUGUUUUUUGUUACACUAAUGUUUGGAUACUUGUUAUUAUGACAGCUGAUAAAUUUUUUGCUGUUUGGUUUCCUCUCAAAGUAUCAUAUUUUUGUACAAUAACUCGAGCAAAAUAUGUUUGUAUAUUUCUUUUUGGUAUGACAAGUAUCAUCUCAUUUCAUCAUUUUUGGACUAUUAAUAGUUUAAACCAUGAUAAAACACCUUAUUGUGCGUAUGAUAUAGAACGCUACCCUAACAUACAAAAAAUAUGGCGUUAUUUGGAUUCUGUUAUUUGGUGUUUUGUACCUUUCAUACUUAUAUUAACAUUAAGUGGUUUAAUUAUAUAUAAAUUACGUCAAAAAGGACAAGAUUCACAUCAUAAUAUUCGACAUAUAAUAAACACAAGUUUAAACAGUGAAAAGGCUAAUGAUCAAAAACGUUUAAGUAAACAAAUUCAACAACAGAGAAAAAGUGAAAAUCCAGCUAUUGAAAUGCGCAGUAAUCAAAAAACCGAAGUUAUACGCUCUAGACAGCGCCAUAUAACAUUAAUGUUACUUGCUGUUGCUGUUGUUUUUCUUCUUGUUACAUUACCAAAUAGUAUCUAUUUUGUACUUGAUUCUAUUUAUGAUUUUAAUCAACCACCAUCAGGAAAUGACUUUGAUGAAUGGUUACGUUUUCGGCGAUUAAAAAUAUUAACUGUUAUUAUGUUUCAAUUAAGUGAUAUACAACAUGCAACAAAUUUUUUCUUAUAUUUAUUAACAAGUGACAAAUUUCGUCGAUCGAUUGUCAUGAUAUGUGCAUCAACAACACAUUUCUUACCAUCAUUAUUAAAUUGUUGUUGUCGAAAUAAAACAGGUUCAACAUCAUCAUUUCGAAAUAAUUAUACAGGACAAAAAUAUGAUAAAAAUACAAUGUCAUAUCGUAUGAGUGCAACUGAAAGAUCAAGUAUAUCAGUAAAUCCACGUUAUAUAUCUCCUCAACAAAUGCAAAAUCAACAGAAUAAUUAUCGUUCAUCAUUAUCAAGACCUUCAACAGCAUUAAUUCAAUCGUUAUAA